AUGAAACCCUUUGCGGCAUUGCUUUUCGGCCUGGCUGCUACGGCUAUGGCCACCCCAGGUGCUGCAUAUGACCAAAACCCACCGAAAUUGGCUCAAACUGCUCCUACCAAGUUUGUCUCUGUGAAUGGGACUCGACUUGCCUACCGACGCUUUGGCAAAACCAGCAAAGUGCCAGUUCUGUUCCUAACCCACUUUCGUGGUAGCAUGGACGUUCUGGACCCUCUGCUGAUCAACGCCAUCGCUUCUAGCCGGGAGGUGAUCCUGGUCGACAACUCUGGCAUUGGCCAGAGCAAAGGCGCUGUUCCCAACUCCAUCCAGGCCAUGGCUGCAACAACUGUGGAUUUCCUCGCCGCGAUCCAUGUUCCCAAGGCCGAUAUUCUCGGCUUCUCCAUGGGAGGAAUGAUUGCACAGUACAUCGCCAUGGAGUACCCUCGGGUGGUGAACAAGCUGGUUCUAGGGGGGAUUCGCCCUGGCUACGGGCCCGACGUUGUUCAGACUGACCCAAAUGCUGCUUCGGGCCCAGGCGGUGGGCCUGACGACCAGCCCACCGAGGACUACAUGCUUGGCAUCUUCUUCUUUCCGUCAAAGACAAGUAAGGCCGACGGAAACAAAUGGUGGGAUAGGAUCUAUGAGCGAAAUGUCAAAGGCGAAAAGAGAAGAGAAUUCCUUGUUGGAGCUGGAGUUGAAGCACAGUUGGCGGCGAUAACGAGUUUUGCCUCGGACCCCCAGCUAUACAACCGGCUCAACAGUAUUAUCAGACCGGUGUUGGUUACCAACGGGAAACGCGAUGUCUUGAUGGGAACGGCCAACAGUUUCGUUCUCCAACAGCAAUUGGCAGACGCCCAGUUGCAUCUCUAUCCUGACUCGGGCCACGGCCAUCUUUUCCAGUUUCCUCUGGCUUACGCGAAGCAACUCGAACUAUUCCUCAAAGGUUAA